GACACAAGGGUGGCCAUUUUGUUAGAAGUUUUGGGGCAGUGAAUCGACAAGCCACAUUCGCUGUUAUUCUUUGAAUGCAGCAAGCCCGCUGAAAAUUUCGUGCAACCUUCGUAUCAGACCUGCGUUCUACAUUGACUUUAAUUUGCGCAGCUGCUCCUACAAAGAACUGUAUAUUAUCCGGUUCCGCAGGCUGGUGAAGAGCGCGAAAUAUAUCCAGCCAUUCAUUUCGAAAGCAUGGUCAUUGUUAGCCACCUAGCUUGACGGCUUAACGUUAUGCCUCUGAUGGCCGCCGGUGGUAGAAUUUUGUGAAGAAUUUGUGUAACGCACGCGCUGCAACCGGAUAUCCAGUCCGCGCAAACGCAACCAGAAAAGUGUUUAUUUAAAGAGGAAUCGCGCCUGCUACGGAGUGUAAUUUCUUUGCACGAUUUAUCAUUUGUUGUGCGUCUUAAAUUAGCAAGCUAGCCAGUUAGCUACCAGCUAACCUCGCGUAAUUUAGUGUUGAGGACCGAGAGGCAGGCCAACCCGUAAGGUUAAGGAAAGCGGGUUUUAAGUUGUUAGCUAGCUAUCAGUCGUCUGUUUUCAAAAUGAGUGAGUGUUAUAUUCGCGUCGCUGAGGAUGAAAAUGAGGAGCCAAUGGAGAUCCCAUCUGAAGACGAUGGCACCGUUUUGUUGUCGUCGGUGGCUGCACAGUUCCCUGGAGCCUGCGGCCUUCGAUACAGGAAUCCUGUUUCUCAGUGCAUGAGAGGGGUCCGCUUGGCUGAAGGAGUACUGCACGCACCCGAUGCUGACUGGGGCAACCUAAUUUAUGUCGUCAAUUACCCCAAAGAUAACAAGAGGAAGAUGGAUGAGAUGGAUGCGGCUUCUGCUGUGAAGAUAAAGAGGGGCAUCCAGAAAACAUCUGACCUAAUUGUUCUCGGCCUGCCAUGGAAAACAUCAGAACAAGACCUGAAGGAUUAUUUCGCCACAUUUGGAGAGGUUAUCAUGGUUCAGGUCAAACGAGAUCUUAAAACCGGCAACUCCAAAGGGUUUGGCUUUGUAAGAUUCACAGAGUAUGAAACCCAGGUGAAAGUGAUGUCCCAGCGGCACAUGAUUGAUGGAAGAUGGUGUGACUGCAAAUUGCCCAACUCUAAGGCUGGCCCAGAUGAGCCCAUGCGAUGCAGAAAGGUGUUUGUUGGCCGCUGCACAGAGGACAUGACUGUUGAUGACCUAAGACAGUUCUUCAUCCAGUAUGGCGAAGUCACCGAUGUUUUCAUUCCCAAACCCUUCCGGGCCUUUGCCUUUGUCACAUUUGCUGAUGACGCGGUUGCUGCGUCCCUGUGCGGUGAAGACUUGAUCAUCAAGGGGACCAGCGUCCACAUCUCCAACGCUGAGCCAAAGCACAGUAAUAGUAGGCAACUGAUGGAUCGUGGGGGUCGUUUGGGGGCUGGGUUUGGGGGUCAGGGCUUUGGCAAUCGCAGUCCUAACAGCGGCGGGGUCAAUUUCGGGGCGCUUAGCCUCAACCCGGCCAUGAUGGCGGCAGCGCAGGCAGCGCUCCAGAGCAGCUGGGGCAUGAUGGGCAUGCUGGCUAACCAGCAGGGCCAGACACCUGCCACCGGUGCUAAUGCCACAGGCCCGGCCACAGGUAGCCGCGAGCAGGGCCAGGCCUAUAGCGGUAGCAACAAUAACUACAGCACCCCGAGCUCAGCUAGCCUGGGGUGGGGCACAGGCACCAAUUCGGCCUCUGGCAGCGGGUUUAACUCUAGCUUCGGGUCUAGCAUGGAGACUAAGUCAAGUUGGGGGAUGUAGAGAGGGUUGGUUUUGUUUGAUUUGAGGGUUUUUUUUCUGAGAGUAUCCUAAUUUUUAGAUUUCAUGGUACACGGUAGGUACAUUUGAGAGGCAGAGACAGAAAGAGAGACAGAAAGAGAGAGAGAAAGAAAGAAAGAAAGAAAGAGAGAAAGAAAGAGAGAGAGAGAGAGAGAGAGAGCUAUUUGUAGUCAGAUGUUAUGUCCUUCAUGUUUCGAAAAGAUACCUUGCAUUUUUGUACAAGAAAGCAAAAUGUUGGUAUUCUUGUUAACUAAUUCCCUAUAAGAGUUAUUCAGAGUGGUUACAAAAUUGUGGCGUGGUUAAAUGUAUUUAGAUACAUUGAUUUUUCCUUUGUCUGAUUACAUUAAGUUAUUUUGCUAUGUACACCACAUGAUUUCUGACAAAGUAUUCUGAAUCACAUACAGAUCAAUUAAAUUCUUAUUCAAGUUUGCCCUUCCAACCAAGUACAUGCUUUAGACAGUGUAAUGUAAACAUUAUAAACUGACGUUUGUUCAGUUCAUUAUGAAUCUGAUUUGAGUUCUAUUGUGUGCAGUUGUUUUUGCAUUUUCGUUUGUUUGAAGCUUUUUUUAAGGUCAAGCCUUCACAAAUCUCUUCUGCAGUUCAUCAACUCUUUUCCAAUUUCCCGGGAAGAAGCCCAUCGUUGGCCGCAAUGUUCGAGCGAGCUCAGUAUCAGUACCCCUCUUCCCAUGUGUAAAUGCUAUGCCAUCAAAGAACACAGCUUCACUCUGCAUUUACUGUGGUAGACGGUGGGUGUUGCCUUUUUUUCUCCCCUUUUCAAUGGAUGCUUAAGUCAAAAAAAAAAGGAUAAAGUCUUGUCAAAACAAACUUUUUUUCUGCUGAGAACAAUGAGUGAGAUGAUGGUGGUGGAUUGUUGGUUGACGAAGAGUGAGAGGCUGGGUAUGAACGAACGGACUGAGAGAGAGAGAGCGAGAGAGAGAGAACAAGUGAACGCAAGUGUGAAAAGAACUGGGAGGCUGUGAGAAGAUACUGUGUUUGAGCGAGUGUGAGCGGGAGCAGCAAGUACGAGUGCUUUUUCUCCUCCCCCCUUCUUCCAGGACCAGCUGAAGGACACUACAUUUUCAACUUUAAGAUUCCUGAUCUUUCAUCCAUCUUUUCUGUCUAUUAUCUCUUUAAAUGACAUAGGUUAAUGAAUAUGAGAGAAAAUAACAAAUGUAGUUGAUUGUUAAGCAUUCUCUCAAGUAUUUGUAUCCUUUCUGCCUAUAUAUACACAUAUAAUCCGAUGUGAAUGUUGUAGUGUGUGUGCUUAUAUUCUCCCUGUUAGUCACUUGUUAGUGUGAAUAUGUGAUGUGAUGCUGUUGUUUGUGAGAAGGGCUUGGGGGGAGGGGGGAUGUUUGGGGUGUGUGUUUGUAUGGGUGAACUUGAGCUCGAAUGUGGAGAGAGGUGUGACGAACGAGAGUAAUUUCAGCGUGCAUACAGUGGAUGGUGUGUGUUGGUGGUGGUGGUGGUGGUGGUGGCAGUUACGAGAAUCCCUAUUGAUAUUUGCUUUUGUUUAGUGUGGUUUUUUUUAUGCAUUUUAUAUGUUUUGUGAAAUCAAAGGGAACUCUCAAAUAAAAUUAAUUUGAAUAGGU